AUGUGGCGUGGAAAAUACACAGGGGGUUAUCAAAAUCGAUUCGUCAGCGCUAAGACAUCUGGAACUUCAAGUCUGAGCGAUGGUAAAAGUAUGAAUAAUGUACCGCCUCCUGCAUCAUUGACUGUUGGAAAUUCUCCCGUACCACCACCGAAUCGUAAUGUUUAUAUGUCAAGUCGUAAAGAACAAGAGAUGAAAAAAGAACAAGAGUACGCAAAUCUGAUGGCCUACGGAUCGACAUCUGAGAAAACAGCAAGAAGGAAACGGAUCUACGACGACGAAUAUUUAGAAGGUGGCUCUGACGAUGAAAAAGAGAAGACACAGAAAUCUUCAUCUUCAAAAGCAAAUGAUGACGAAGAGGAAGAUGAAUUGGAUGCAUUUAUGGCUGGAAUCGAAAAGCAAGCCUCAAAGGACAAAAAAGUGUCAGAACAAAAAGAAAAAGAUCGAAAAGAAGGAAAAGAUACCGAAGAUCCAAGUAAAAAAGGACUAGGAAGAGCUGAUAUUGAUGAAGAAGAUAUGCAAGAAUCUUUGUUCAAGUUCAUGGAAGAUUACAAGGAAAAACAUGAGAAUGACGAAGAACAAUAUGAGUACGACGAAGAAGGAAAUAUAAUAUGGACCUGGAAAAAAGUAAUCGACCCAUUGCCAGAUAUCGAUCACUCUCAAAUCCAAUAUCCAGCUUUCAACAAAAACUUUUACGAAGAGCAUGAAGAUAUCAAACGCCUUCAUUAUAUGGAUGUUGUUCGUCUCCAAAACACGAUGAAUCUCCGUGUCGGAGGACUGAAACCACCACGCCCCGUUUGUUCAUUCGCCCAUUUUUCCUUCGAUAAGCUGCUGAUGGAAGCUAUUCGAAAAAGUGAAUAUGAACAGCCGACUCCUAUUCAGGCAAUGGCAAUUCCAUCAGCUAUAUCAGGUAGAGAUGUUCUCGGAAUCGCCAAGACUGGAUCUGGAAAGACUGCUGCCUAUUUGUGGCCCGCAAUCGUUCAUAUUAUGGAUCAGCCAGAUUUAAAAUCAGGGGAAGGCCCAGUAGCUGUUAUUGUUGUUCCUACAAGAGAAUUGGCCAUUCAGGUGUUCCAAGAAGCAAAACGGUUCUGCAAAGUUUACAAUAUCAACGUCAUUUGUGCAUAUGGAGGAGGUAGUAAAUGGGAGCAAUCCAAUGAAUUGCAAAACGAAGGAGCUGAAAUGGUUGUGUGCACUCCAGGUCGUAUCAUUGACUUGGUUAAAAUGGGUUCUACCAACUUUCUUCGAACUACGUUCCUAGUUUUUGACGAAGCUGACAGAAUGUUUGAUAUGGGUUUCGAAGCUCAAGUGAAAUCAAUUUCUGAUCAUGUUCGUCCGGAUCGACAAUGUCUUAUGUUCAGUGCAACUUUCAAACAAAAAGUUGAACGACUCGCACGCGAUGCUCUAGUUGAUCCAGUCCGAAUUGUGCAGGGAGAAGUUGGAGAAGCUAAUGCUGAUAUUGAACAGAAAGUUUUCGUGAUGCAGUCGCAAGAAGUGAAGUUUCAUUGGCUUAUUCGAAAUCUUGUCGAGUUCGCUUCUAUCGGAAAAGUGUUAAUCUUCGUUACUAAAAAGCUAGACGCAGAAGAUGUUGCCAAGAAGUUGAAACUCAAAGAUUUCGAAGUCAUUCUUUUGCACGGUGAUAUGCUGCAAGCUGAAAGAAACGAUAAUUUAUUGAAGUUCCGAAAGAAGUCACCUAUUCUUGUCGCCACCGAUGUAGCAGCACGUGGUCUUGAUAUCGCCGAAAUUCGUACUGUGAUAAACUUUGAUAUGGCUCGUGAUAUUGACACUCAUGUUCAUCGAAUCGGAAGAACUGGACGAGCCGGACACAAAGGAACUGCCUAUACUCUUGUCACUGAAAAAGAUAUAGAAAUGGUUGGUCAUCUCGUCAAAAAUUUGGAAAGUGUUUCACAAGAAGUUCCGAAACCACUUCUCGAUCUUGCUAUGAAAUGUGCGUGGUUCCGAGGUCAACGAGCUGGUCAUGGAGGGCCGGGUUCUGCUACGCAAACCCGUGGAAGAAUGGGUCUUGGAUACACUCCAAAAGUGAGAUCUGGUGGACCUGGAGACAGUGGAGCACGUCAGUUCGACCCACUGAAAGAACAAAAAAGUAGUAGACCCGGUGGAGCAGAAGGAUCUAGAGGAGCUACAAAUCAAACGGUAGACGGAAUGGUCAAAAAUGCUCAAAGAUUCGUCUCAUCUACUUCAUCGUCAGGGGACAUAGGACCAGCUUCAGGAGCAAAUAGAGCACAAAUGUUAAAAAACGCUUUUCAGAAAUCAUUCCAAUCAACAUUCCAACGUCCAACGAAUGAGUCUUCUAAUUUACCAGCUCAAGUUGCUUCGGAUCCACGACCAGAAUGGAAGAAAAAAGUUGAUGAGUUGAAUGCUCGAAUUGCACAUCAACAAGCUUCAUCAUCGUCUUCUUCUUCUGCCCAAUCCUCGUCAAGUUCGUCUUCUAAAAGAAGUAGAUGGGAAUGA